AUGAACCCUGAAGUGGUGGAAAUACUGAUGGCGGAAAACAAGCCGACAGUGCUGAUGAGCACGUUGUCACUCCUUUACAAAAUAGCCAUCAUAAUGGGUAAAAAGGGCAGAAAUUCUCUCCUUUCAGUACGCCUUAAAUUGUACGGCGGGGAGGGUUUAUACCAUGACCAGCUCUCGGUACUCGAGGGGGCCUUUCCUCACGCCGAACUCCAACCGCUUGCUUACGGGGCGAUGGACGGCGGCGUAAUCGGCUUCCAGUUUGGCAAAAAAGCAAGUCAUCCAGCGAAUACCUAUUCGGUCAAUUGGCCCCAUAUUGUAUUGGAGAUCGUCGCUGAACACAACCAGCCUAUAACAGCCAUCGGUACUGAGGGGCGUAUAUUGGUUACGAACCUAGUGCACCGAACGAUGCCGUUUGUACGCUACCCCGUCGGAGAUCGAGCUUGUUGGCUAAAUUAUCAACGCGGCCUUUUCCAGGUUUUGGGCCGGGAGCAAAGCGUUGGGGUUAGGCUGGGCGGGAGCUCUAUGGUUUACGUCGACAUCCGCCGCGCGGUGAGCACCGCUCUGCACUGCGGAGAUGCCGGAAACAUCCUCGAAGGUCUGCAGGUCUUAAUCGAGCGACAUGAAGGAAAAGAUCUUAUGCACCUACGGAUUGCCGGCGAGUUCGACAUAACCGAGCCGGUCGCUACAGCUGCAAUUCACGGGGCCAUAGUGGCGCUUAAUCCUUUCUACGGAGAACAUUUGAAACAGGAGCUGAUUAGUCCUGCGGUGGUCGGACUCUGUAAUAUUGCCGAGUUGGAACAGAGCCCCUUGGGCGGUAAGGUGAUUGAGGUACUCGACCGGAGAAUACUUGUCGAUUGA